UCUGUCCCGGGAGUCUGGACUGCGCUGCUGGAGGUGUCGGGUCCGGGUCACUCAGUCUGACCUCCAGCCCCCCCGCAGAGCUCCGGCAUGCCGCUGCCGGGAAACGAGUCCUCCGUCCGGGCUGAGCUGCCGGGGAGCAGCGGCGGACCGGGACCGGAGGCUGUGGUGGUACCGGUGGUGUUCGGGCUAAUCUUCGUGGUGGGGGUGGUGGGAAACUCUCUGGUGAUGGUGGUGAUCGGGAGGGUGAAGUCCAGCGGCGGCGCGCGCGCCCUCAGCCCCACCAACAUCUUCAUCCUGAACCUGAGCGCGGCGGACCUCCUCUUCCUCCUCUUCUGCGUGCCGCUCCACGCCACCAUCUACUCCCUGCCCGAGUGGGUGUUCGGGGCCUUCCUCUGCAGCUUCGGACACUUCUUCUCCACCGUCAGCAUGCUGGUCAGCAUCUUCACGCUCGUGGCCAUGUCCGUGGACCGCUACAUCGCCGUGGUGCGCUCCAAGAGCUCCGCGUGCGUCCGCAGCCGCAGGAACGCGCAAGUCGGGCUGUGCGUCAUCUGGACCAUGUCUCUGCUGUGCUCCAUACCAGUAGCGCAGCACCAGGUUCUCACCAACCACCCAAGUGCCCCGAACAGCACCUUCUGCUGGGAGAACUGGUCUGGAUCGUCUCGGUUCGCCUACAAGGUGUCGGUCCUGCUGCUGGGCUUCGUGGUUCCGCUGCUGCUCAUCUGCUGCUGCUACACCAGGGUUUUAUGUCACCUCCAGAAAAAGAUGAAGAACAUGUCCAAGAAGUCUGAGCGCUCCAAAAGAAAGACGGCUCAGACUGUCCUCCUUGUCAUCACUGCCUUCACCAUCUGCUGGAUGCCCCAUCACAUCAUCGCCAUGUGGGUGGAGUUUGGCACCUUCCCGCUCAAUGACGCCUCCUUUGCCUUCCGCAUUGUUUCCCACUGCCUGUCCUACGGAAACUCCUGUGUUAACCCUGUCCUCUAUGCCUUCCUGUCAGAGAAUUUCCGCAAAGCCUGCCAUCAGGUCUUCGCCCGCCACCUUCUGUAUUCCCCACCAUCCAACGGAAAGGUGGUUCGUUUGCGCAUGGACAACUUCUCCACCAGUCACUCCACCACAAACAUCUGAAGGAGCAGAUUAGGUUUGGGAGACACAAAAACACCAUGAUGUCUUUCAGGAUAAACUGUAUGAACACGUGGUUUUGUGCAGACCUGGAAGUCCUGGAGAAAUAUCACAUGACAUGAGGACAGAUUGUGAUUGGCUGCUGCGGUGGGAAGAACAGCAACAACAAGAGUAGCAUGAAACACAAGGUUAAUAACCCUAGUGGAGGAUAAAUUGUUUUACUGACUUGGUUCAGUGUUUUUGAUUGUUCAAGUCGUUUCUUUAACCACUAAAAGACACGAACUGAACAAUUCAUUUUAAAGGAAUAUUUAAACUCGUCAUCCAUUUAUUACAAAUGAGAGCC